AUGUACGAAUCAUAUACAACGACUCUUCCGUAUACAUAUAAAUCUGUGCCGUCCACACUUCCACCCUCAGUCACACUCGACCCUAACAGCUCGGAGAAGGCCCGCUAUGUCAUUUCCCCUGGGCGAGGCCAUGCUGCUCACCCUAGUGAUAUCCUAGCAUCAUGCGAGGCGCUAGAGAAACACAUGAAUAAGAUCAGAGAAGGUAGCCUGGCUACAAUCAAAGACUGGGAGGAGUCGAUAAAACAACGCGAUUUGGCAGAAAAACGAAGAAUUGCUCCCGGAUGGCUGGACCGUGAGGAAAAGCUGCUGCAGCCAGUGAAAAUAUCCCGGCCCGCGUCUGAAGCCCAUACAUCUCCCCAAUUGAAUGAUGAACGUUUGGCGAAGCGUCACCUGGAUAUAGAGGAAAUUUCCACCACGCAAUACCCCGAACCCGCAGAUACUCUACGAAAUUAUGGCGGAAAGAGGACGUUAGCAGACAGUGCCUCGUGGGCAAAUGCUAUCAUAACUCUAGAAUGA